AUGCCGACUUUAGAAAGCAAGAAUUCUCCAUCUAACGAGGUAGAUAAAGCCAACGUUGGAAUCACACAGACUACCGACGAGCGCACUACUGACAAUAUCGUGGACACAGAUGUUGAGAAACAACAGCCAAAUGUGACCAAAGAGCAAAAGGAUAAACUCCCAGUGCCAGACCUUACUUGGAACAACGGCUCUACCGCGUGGUUGACCGUCUUCGGCGCAUGGUGUAUCCUCUUUUGCACAUUUGGGUUGACAAAUGCCUAUGGCAUCUAUCAAGACUUUUACGUUCGCCACUUUUUGACAAACUACACGCCGUCUGCAAUUGGUUGGAUCGGUUCAGUCCAGCUCUUCUUCCAGUUUUCCCUUGGACUCGCCUCUGGGACACUCUUUGACCGUGGCUAA